CCCCCACCAAAUUACCACCCAAGUUGGGGAUACACCCCUUCCGUAGCCAUUUUGGCUCAAGGUCGAGUCCAGCCUUUUGCGCUCAUCACCAGACCCACCCCCCACCCAGCGCUGCAUCAUCAGUUUCUCUUCGAGAUGGCGUCUCGCCCGGCUCUUCCCGGCAACAAGAGCCUGAAGGAGGCGGAUCCCACCAUGGCGGCGCUCAUCGAGGAGGAGAAACAGCGGCAGAUCAAUUCGAUCGAGCUGAUCGCGUCGGAGAAUUUUACGUCCAGGGCGUGCAUGGAGGCGCUCGGAUCCGCGCUCACCAACAAGUAUUCCGAGGGCCAGCCUGGGGCGCGCUACUACGGAGGCAACGAGGUCAUCGACAAGAUCGAGAACCUGUGCAAGGACCGCGCUCUUCAGGCGUUCAGCCUUGACGCGAAGAAGUGGGGCGUCAACGUGCAACCCUACUCCGGCAGCCCGGCUAACUUCGCCGUCUACACGGCAUUGUUGCCGCCGCACGCGCGCGUCAUGGGCUUGGAUCUUCCCAGCGGUGGCCAUCUGACCCACGGCUACUACACUGCGAAAAAGAAGAUCUCGGCGACAUCGAUCUACUUCGAGUCUUUGCCGUACAAGGUGCACCACGAGACUGGUCUGAUUGAUUUCGACGAGCUUCGCAAGACAGCACUUGUCUUCCGACCCGCCAUGAUCUUGUGCGGAGCCUCGGCCUACCCGCGCGUGGUCGAUUUCGCCAAGUUCCGCGAGAUCGCCGACGAGGUCGGAGCGCUCUUGAUGGCAGACAUCGCGCACAUCUCUGGCCUCGUUGCCACAGGACAGCACCCAGCGCCCUUUGAGCAUUGUGACGUGGUGACCACCACCACCCACAAGUCGCUCCGAGGCCCUCGCGCAGGCAUGAUUUUCUUCAAGUACUCGGACGCCAUCCCCGACAUCAAGGAGCGCAUCGACAUGGCCGUCUUCCCUGGCCUGCAGGGGGGACCCCACAACCACCAGAUCGGCGCACUCGCGGCGCAGCUGCUGGAGGUGAACACCCCAGAGUUCAAGGAGUACUCCAAGGCCGUGGUGACCAACUCGCAGACGUUGGCCAAGACGCUCCAGGAAAAGGGCCACAAGCUCGCGAGCGACGGCACAGACAACCACCUGGUGUUGUGGGACCUCCGCCCCCAUGGCCUCACGGGCUCCAAGCUCGAGAAGGUGUGCGAGGAGGCGUCCAUCUCGCUCAACCGCAACGCCGUGCACGGCGACGCCUCGGCGCUCUCGCCAGGCGGCGUCCGCAUCGGUACUCCCGCCAUGACCACGCGUGGCUGCACCACCGACGACUUCGUGAAGAUCGCGGGAUUUCUGGACAGGUGCUGCCAGGUCGCCCUCAAGGUCCAGGCCGAGAAGGGCAAGAAGCUCAAGGACUUCGAGGCUGGUCUGCAGGGGAAUGCUGACAUCGCGGCUAUCAAGAAGGACGUUCAGGCGUUCGCUUCCGCGUUCGGCUACCCCGGUCUCUGAGCAGUGAUGAGGUUGCGGGUAGUUGACGACAGUCAGUCCAGAUCCCAGAGGGGAGGAGCAGCUGUAAUUUUUUAUUCGGUCCUAGGUGUCCGUACAGCCGCUGCGGUUUCUUUUCCCCCCUGGCGUUGGCCUGCUAAUCUUUCAGGGCUUCGCACCGCUAUCUCAUCAACUUUUGACCGUGGCGCUUGCUCGCUGUCGGAGGAAGCGAUUUCAUCUUGACGAAUCAUCUGCGGGUCGCAGUGAUUCAGAAACGUUCCAGGGAUCGCUCCACGCAACAAAAAAAGUUGGGGAUA